ACGUCACACAGAGUAAUGCGGCGGAAGCCGCAGCCGGAUGUGACGUCACACGGGGGUCAAGCGGCGGAAGCAGCGGCAGCCAUGGCGCUCAAUAGGCACCACUCGAAGGAAGGCGGUGUCGUCGUCCCCAAUACCGAGAGCAUUCUCAAGCAGUGUAAAGAUGUGGAGCUCUCCUUCAGUGACGUGACUGGCAAACCUGAAGCCUUCAAAGGCACCAAGAAGGGAAUGCUGUAUCUCACCCCAUACAGGAUGAUCUUCGUGUCAAAGGGCAAGGAUCCCAUGCAGUCUUUUAUGAUGCCAUUUAAUUUGGUGAAAGGGUGCUCUAUUGAGCAACCUGUUUUCUCUGCUAAUUACAUCAAAGGACAGAUUCAGGCUGAGGCAGGAGGUGGCUGGGAAGGGCAGGGAACAUUUAAACUGACUUUCAACAGUGGAGGAGCCAUUGAGUUUGGACAGCUGAUGUUCAAAGCUGCCUCUAGUGCUUCCAGUGGAGUUCCUCUCCAGCCCCCUGGCUAUGGAUACACACCUGUACCUGGAGGGUAUGCCCCUGUCCCACCUGCUCCAGGUGGCUAUGCACCUGCUCCUGGAGGGUAUGCACCUGUGCCGGGAGGCUACGCUCCUCCUCCUCCACCACCUCCAAAUGGUCCUUAUCCUUACGCACCACCUCCAAUGAAUGCUUAUGGACCUGCUCCCCAGCCCAUGGGGUAUCCGUAUGCCCAGAAUCCAGGUAUCUAUCCACCACUCCCCAACAUGAACUCAACAAAUGUGUUACCACCUCCUCCCCCCUACUCCGGGCCCUCUCCUGCAGGACCCUCAGCCCCACCAGCUUCCACACCCUGGGUGGACUCGGGUAUGCCAGGGAGCAGUAAGGCCAUGGAAGCUGCUUCCAGUGCAUAUUACAACCCUGCUAACCCACACAAUGUCUACAUGCCCAUGGAUCAGCCACCUCCUUAUGCACCUCCUGAAGAUAAGAAAAACAACUAACAGACGGAAAUUGCAGCCAGCCUCCCACACUCUCUCUCCCAGAAGACAAUUUGGCUGUCACUACCCAUUGGGUUAGCAUAUCUCUAUGUUUCUCUGUGUAUGUACAAUGUGUGUAGUGCUGGGCAGCUGAGCAUCUGCCUUCCUUAAACAUUAGGUCAUUGGCAAUACAAGGCAGAACAAUAGCACUUUCCUGCUUCUUUACUUUAUCUCAUGGGGUUGAAGCACUAACCUUUUGCUCUGCCUUUGGCUUGAGGAGAGAGAUGGACUUAAACAAGUAGAUCACAUCACUAAUCUAUGAGUAAAAUACAAAAGCUGUGGCAUCUUCGAAGUAAAACUACUUGGAAUGCUGAACUUCUAACCUCUUCUGAAGCACCAUCAAAGAAGAAAAUAUAGAAAGCCAUGAAGUUUCCUUGCAUAAUCUGAAAAGGUGUUAAAUUUCCUUCAACUGUGGCACAGCUCAGCAUGAGAUGGGACUCUGGAAAUCCUGUGUUGUGCUGGAAGCACGUUUCUUUUCCUGUCCUGAACUAACAGUCAUGGGGUGACACACUUUGGAAAUGCAUCCUGAGAAGUGCUGAAGCACUUGGGGGUGUGAGCUGGAGAUGGACCCCAGCUCAGCACUAGCUCUAGAAGUGCUGCUCCUACUGCACUCCUGGUAGCCAGAGGAGUUUCUGGGCACAGACAUGCCUGCUUUGGUUGCAGCAGAUCAUCUGCUAGUAUUUCUGUGUCCUUUCCUAUUUAAGUGUAACCUUGCAAAAUAGGGAAGCGCUCAGGUGCUGCACUCCCUGGUGGAGGGCCUGCACUGCCUGAUGUCUCCUUGUUUUCUGCUGUGAGAUGUAGCUGUAGAUGCUUGGUCAUCUGAUGCUGCUGGCAGAAGUGUUCUGAGGAAUUUAACUGGAAGCAGUGACCCCAUAAAAUCAGCCUGCCUUUGUAGACCUUGAGUAGAACAGCAGUAGUGUGCUGCAGAGCAGUAAGUUGAGCUCCACAGGUGUGCAAAUCGGUUUUCCUUUCACCCUCCUGGAAGCAAGUCUGUAUCUGUGCAAUGAUCCUGUGUCACAUAGCUGUUCUUGAAUAAUGGAGUCAAGCUGAGCAGGAACCUGCUGCCUCCAAGCAAAAUGUGUUAUGUCACGAAGGUAACUUGACACUGGCCUUGUCAGGAGACGGAUCCCACAGUGCUGGCUCCCUCUGCUGAGGAAGCUUGUGCCACCAUGCUAGCAUGAUGAGGAAAAAGUGGCUUUUGUCUCUUCCUUGGGCCACUGCAGCCAGGAUGUGCAUGCCUAUACCUGAACAGCAAGAGUAGAUGCUGCGGAAACGGAAUUUGGUUGCUCAGGGCUGCAGUACUCAGGUGUGGUGUUACUAAUGCUUGGUCUCUUGCAGAGGCUGUGGCUGCAAAGCCCCACCUUUUCUUCCUCUUUAGGACGUAGUGCCAUUAAGCCUGCUCUGACAAGAGCCCCUCUAGUCUGGUGGAGACCCAUGUGAUCCUUUAUAUAUGGGAUAAUUGUACUUCUUUUCACAGCCUUCCUACCUUCGCAGUGAAGGGGAAGGUUUCAUUUUCCUUUUAACCUGUGCGUGUGUCAGGACCUUCUUGUAAGUCAGGCUUGCUUGACUUAAAUCUUUGAAUUCUUAAAGCAGCCCUGCGUGGGGAGGAAGGUAAAUUUCCUUCUUUAAAAACACCUCUGAAGUUUGAGUUAGAGGUGUUCAAAUGACUCUGUAUUUUAAAAAGUUUGUAACUUUUGAAUUGCACUUUAAUACAGAAGCGUUGAUACCUGCCUGUUCUCUGA